CAAAUUAUAUGCUUUGUCCAUCCACACACACCAUUUAAACUAUCACACAUCUUCAUUCCCUUUUCUCCUUACUCUUUCUAGUUUCUACCAUCAACUAACCAACCAACCCAAACAAAACCAUGGCAAUUUCAUCAUCAUCAGAAGGCGAAAUCAUCGAACACGUGGUACUCUUCAACAUCAAAGACGAAGUUGAUCAAGAUCCAUCCAAAGUCAAUGCCAUGGUCAACGCUCUAAACGCCUUAAACUCACUUGAUUCCGUGGUCUACCUUACCGCUGGUCCUAUCCUCCGCACCCGAUCCCUCCCCCCCUCCUUCAAAUUCACUCACAUGCUUCACGCCCGUUAUCUCACACGUGCCGACCUCUCCCAAUAUUCCCUCUGCGAUGAACAUAUGUCCGUCGUUAACUCCUUUGUUAGACCCAACUGCGAUGCCAUCUUGGCCGUUGACUGGCCGGUCAAUCUCGUGGGGUCCACUGUCCCACGACCGGGUUCUGCGAUGAGGUUCACGUUUCUCAAGGUUGAGGAUGAAAAUGAAAAGGAAAAGAGUUUGGAGGGUAUGGAGAAAAUUAAGGAGAGUUUAGGCCCUUUUGUUCAAAUAAGUUAUGGUGAGAAUUUUUCGGAUCGUGGGAAAGGAUUCAGUGUGGCGGCGCUUGUGGUGUUCCCUGAUAUAAUAGAGUUGGAUGCGGGUGAAGAGUAUGAAGAUCAGAUGAGGUCGUUGAUUCAUAAGUUUAAGCUUUCUGAUGAUCAUAUUAUAGCCGUUGAUUAUGUGGUUCCACGUCUAUCUCCUGCUCCCAGUCUGGACUAAUUUUUUUUUUUUUUUUUUUUUUUUUAAAUGUUGAAUUACUGUUAUUUAAUUUUCAUUUCUAAUCUUCAACUUUUAGAUUCCAAAAAACGAAAAAGAAAUCGACACACUACAAACAAAACAAACCAAGCAACCCGAGCACCGCCCAUUUUGAUUAUUGAGUCAUGUUUUGUACGGAGUUAUUAUCCUACAUUCUACAGCGCAUAGUUUUCGAUAAUUUUAGUAAAAGGGACAUAUUUGCCAACUGGAGUUCGGAGUAUAUGUUUAAAAACGUAGUACUCUCUUCGUCUCA